CCGCGGGGGCGCCGUGAGGGCUCCGGGCAAGAUGGCGGCGGCCGCGGCGCUGAGGGGCGGCGGGAGGGCGGUGAUCCGCGAGGUGCUGCAGCUGGAGGCGCGGGGGCUUUGCACGAAGCCGGUGGGCACCGGGAUGGCGCCGCCGCCGCCGCCGCCGCCAAAGAAUGUAGCGGCACCACAGGGGAGCACCAAGCUGCUUGCCAUGAAGGCACCAGUUGAAUUUCGUAAAAUGUUGUCUUCCAGCUCUCUCCUGCUGUCUGCAGACAAAGGUGAGAGCAGUUCUAGUACCACCCUCAAGGAAGCUGCAGAAUCUGCUGAAGACACGAGGAUGCCCAAGCCAAGAAAAACUCAGGUUGCGUUUCCGCAGCGAGGAGUUGUUUCCUCCCGUGAGGGGGAAAAGCUCAGCACACCUGCAAGAGGAGGAGGCCUGAGGAAAAAGUUCGCUGAGAAACAGUCUUCAUCUUCAUCCAGCUCAGAUUCUAGCUCAGAUUCUGAGGAUGAAAGUGUUGGUGAUUCAAAAGUUGCCACUAAAACUAAAGUUGAGUUUCCCAGACGAGAUCCCAUCUUUUCUGAGAAUGUAGCAGUAAAGGCAUCCAUGCUGGCAAAAGAGAAAUUGUCCCAGAAAUCCCUCAAAGAAUAUGGAAUUAAGAAGCUGCCACGCAAACCAGAAAUUGAUGUGUCUCCUGUAAAGCAGGUCAACUUUUCUAAAACAUCAGUCGGCCAGGAAACAUCAAAACCCAAAGCAAGAGACCCCAAAGCAAAAUCCCCUCCAAAAGAACAGAAGCCGGGCUUAGAACCACACAUGCUGAAAGGUCUGGGCCUCAGCCAUGUCACUGCUAAAUCUGAUCACGUGGAGGAAAAGUCCACUGGGCUGAAAGCCUCAGCAGUGACUCAGGAAGACAAAAAGCAAGAGCUGCUAUCCAGAGGAGAGAAGGAAAAGAUGAAGGAGGCACAGAAGUUGGAAGCAAAAGACGUGACUGCUCCUAAAGUGGAAGAGACUUCUAGAAGCAGAACGUUGGUGAUGGAGACCACGCAGGAAGGAGCCCAGGCUGGAGAAGGCAGCACAACAGAGGAGCCAGCUCAGCCUGCUCCAGAGGAGGAGUGGGAUAAUUCCACCUACAAGAACCUGCAGCACCACGACUACCACACGUUCACCUUCCACGAUUAUGUUGCCAUCCUUGCAAAGUACAGGCAGCCUCAGCCAUCCUCUGGAAGACCAUCCCCAAGGCACUGAGACAGCCACAGCUACAGCAAGCACCCAGGCAGGAUGGGGAAUUGUUCUGUUUAGCACUGUUGCUUCAUCUGUAUCAUUGAAAUCAGAUAAUCAAUAAUAAAGGCUUAAUAACUUGGGCUUUUGAACAGUU